AUGGUCGUGAAAGAGAAUGGCCAAGUGACAGAUGUCACGACCGAAGUAAAGGGCCGAACGGAUGUUCAAAAGCUACAGAAGAAAAAGAAGGGCUUCGUGCGAUGGACAGUUGGACUUGUUGUGAGGCUAUGUAUCUGGUAUGCGCUUGCGACGCCGUUCCUCAGAUGCCCAUCCCACCUCGCAGACCUCACAGAGACAUCGCCUCGAGUCUGCAAGCCUUACCUGAUUGCUCGUUCGCACGUGGAACCCUAUGUCACGCCACAUUAUGAUAUUUAUGUGGCUCCUUACGUUGAUCAAGCCCGCCCAUACGUGGAAGUGUUAAACCAGCGAGUUUAUACCCCGGCAUCGAAAGUUGCCAAGUCAGGAUAUGAAAAGUAUGGGGCGCCAGCAUUGGAGCAGGCUCAGGCCUAUGGGGUUGAGCAAUGGCAACUUCAGGUCACACCAAGACUACAGACUGCUCAAAAUAAGGUUCACCAGCUUUAUUUGGCCGAGAUCGAUCCAUACGUGCAGCAAAGCGUCGCUGUUGUCUCUCCGUAUUAUCAGAAAGCCAACACUGUUGUACACACUGUUUAUCAGGGCCAUCUGGUACCUUUGUACGCCCGUUCUAAGCCUUUCAUUGAGAAGGCUUACUCUACGGUCCAGGGUAUUUUGACAACCCAUGUCAUGCCCGGGGCACAGUAUACCUGGUCAUCCGCGGUCUACUAUGCUAACAGCUCACUAUGGCCUCACGUUACUGGUCUUUACUCUGAGCAGGUGGAGCCCCAGCUGGUCAAGAUUGGCCAGCGAUUAGCAAGCUACAGGGAGGGCAAGCGACUUCGUGCUGUCAUAGAAGAUGCCGAUAGCAGCUCAACGGCAACAGUGCGGCCCGUCAUCUCCUCUACUGCCAAGUCACAGGAAAAAAUUCACCCCACAACCACUGUGACUUCAACAUCCACGUCCCAGGCUCGUGCCCAACCUACUCUAACUCCUACCGAGCAAGCGCAGCAAGCGCGCGAGAAGAUAGAUUCAGACCUUGAGCGGUGGCAGGAAAAGUUUGCUCUGGCAGCUGAUAAAGGCAUUGUAGACCUUGAGGAGCGUAUUGGGGAGAUUGUGUCCGCCCUGGUUGCCAGCAGUGCGAACAGCCACGGCCAGAGUCUUUCUACCGCACUUCAGUCGGUUUCCGCUGAACAGAUUUCCUCCAUGAAGCGCCGUAUCAAUGAACUCGCAGAUUCGAUGCCAGAGGAGGAUGCCCCGGAGAUCGAGAAGUCUACUAGCGACUUGCUGGUUAGGGAAAUCCGAACUUCUGCUAUUACUGUGAGAGAUCGUGCUCAUGCACUCCGAGAGUGGUCUAUUUCAUUCGAAGAUGAACUUGUUCGCCGGGUCACUGCUGCUGUCGAUUCGACACUGGAUGUUCUCGAUAGCAUUCGCAAUCUAGGCUUACAGGAAAUUGGCAUGCGCUGGGCAUGGAUGGAUGGUAUCACAUACAAGGAUUGGGCGAAGUACCAUACCCUCAAAGCCCAACUCGAAGAAUGGCACGGCGAGAUCCGAAAUGUCGGCAUGAACCACAAAUCCGUAUCUGAUGCCAGAGCCGUGGCAAGUGACAUUUUAGAGCAGGGCAUGCAUGAAGCCGAACAAGCCGCCAGGGAACUUGUCCGUUUGAAGGAUGUUGGGAUAUGGAAGAUCGCUGCUCGUGAAGUAAGCGAUAAUUUCGAGACUCGCACCGAAGCCCCGCCCGCGAGGCCCAAACUUCAGGAGGAAACCGAGGAAUCUCACGAAGAAGCUGCCGAGGUGUAUUCGGAUCACGAUGAGUCUUCCGAAAAGAUGGCAUCGGAUGAAGCUUACGAGGAAACACCCUCCACCGAUGCAUCAUCCGCAGCUGAGGAUGCUGAGGCGGAUUUUGAUGACGCCGACGAAUCUGUUAUGGACGAUGAUAUUUUAGUGGAAGAGCAGCCCUCCGUGAAAUCUGCCUUUGGUGUUGCGGCUGCCGAUGCAAAUUCGCACCAAGCGCCUAUCAUAGAUGACGAGGGCCAGGAUGUCCUAGACAGUCUGACGAGCAAGGCCGAUGAUACUUACACCGAGGCAAGCAAUGCUGUCAGCGAAGCUAUCUAUGGUGCAUCGGCGACUCCGGGAGUCGGUGAGAAGGCAGUAUCAUUGGCCAGUGAACAGUACUCUCUUGCCUGGUCCGCUGCUUCUACCGUUAUCCAUGGCACUCCUCUAAGCCCCGGAGAGAAGGUUUCCAGUGCCGCCUCUGACAAGUAUAACGAGGCUGUAGCCGCUGCGUCGUCAGUCAUCUACGGCGCCCCAACACCCAUUGUCCAAUCUUUGAUGGGUGGGGCCAGUUCAGCAUUUGCCGAUUCCACAAAUCAGGCUAGAGUACUCUAUGAGAUCGCAAAGUCUCAGGUUCUUGGCCAAAUGGCUGAAUCUAGCUCUCCUGCCCAUGCUCAGCUUCUAGCUUCCAUUGAGUCUGCCUAUUCUGGGUCUCUAAAAUAUGCCACAGAUCAGCUGGAGUCGAAGCACGCUGUCCAAGCCACCCCGACGCCAUCUGAUGCUGGACCUUUGGCCCAGAUUUCGUCCAUCGCGUCUUCCCGGCUGAACCAAGGACUCAACUUAGCAUCUGAACAACUAGCUCAAUUGCUACCACCAGCGACAACCACUGGUCUUCCUCGGGAAGGUCUCACGCCAUUCGUCCUUGAUGCGCAGCGCCGUUACUACGAGGCUGUCGGGUUGGCCCACGACCACUACUCUGCUUUCGUCUCUACGGCAUCUGGGGCUGUCUAUGGUUCUCCAACUCCCACACCGUCUGGAAGCUUCAAGGAAAUCAUUGAGGAAGCUGGGUCUCAGUAUGAACACGCUUCCUCGUUGGCUUCGGCCAGCCUCGCCGCUGUUAUCGCAUCAGCAAGCUCGGUCAUCUCUUCUGCGGAUGGAGGCAAAGUACAAGGUAUUAUUGAUGAUGCUUCAUCCAAAUACAAUGAUGCCCUCUCCGCGGCUUCCUCGUCCCUCUCUGAGGCUUCCAUUUCGGCCAGCUCAGCCAUCUAUGGGACUUCCACGGGCUCCGUGGAGUCCAUUUCUAGUCAAGUAUCUGAAAACUGGGAAAGCCUCAUCUCUAAAGCCAGCGAGCAGAUAUACGGUGCACCAACGCCGUAUCUGCAGCACAUGGUGAACCACGGCCGCCCGCAGUUCGAGGCGGUCCAAGACAUCAUCUCUGAACUGAUUGUGGGCAAGCAGCCUUCAUUUACCGAGAGCGUGCUGAGCAAGUUGCACGCCGCAUACGAGACGCCGUACCCGGCUGUCGCUGUUUCCUCUGCCUCUAGCUACAUCAGCCAGGCUUAUGGAUCAGCGUCCUCCGCUGCUGCUUCUAUCGUUUCAGAAGCCCCGAGUGUAGAGGACGUCAUGCAACAUGCGAAUGACCAACUCGAUGCUGUUGUCGAAGCUGUCAGCGUUGGUAUAUACGGAACUCCCAAAGGUUCCUACGAAAAAGCCACCGAUGCCGCAGCCGAUGCCUACUCUACGGCUUCUGCUCAGGUCAGUAGCGCGGUUUACGGCAAGGAAUCUGGUUACAUCGAUAGCGCCAAGGAUGCCAUCGAGGAUAUCCAAUCCAAAGCCAGCGCUGCUAUUUACGGCGAGGAACCCAGUGCAAUGGAGAGUGCAGCGAGGGGUCUCGUUGAUGCCGUUAAAAGCGCCAAUUCUCAGCUGGAUCGUCUAGCUGCUAGCUAUAGCAGCGUUGUAUCCGAGGCAGUCGAGACCGCCGCAUCCCACGUUGAAGAUACAACAAGCAGCAUUAAGAGUGCUGCAUCUUCAAUCAAAGAUGAACUUUGA